AUGAACAGCAGUAAAAGUACACAAGCGCGCUUCCAGCAUGCAACCAUUAAGUCAGAACAAAGUGUUACAUUAGUGCUGUUCCAACGUAACUACGAAAACCCUUUACGAGAAAACGACAUAUACCGGCAACAGUGUUUCAAGGUUCUAAGAAUUAAAAUAAAGCGGCUGUUUGACAGUUUGCGCUACAAUACCUCAAGAUUAACCGUCUUUUCGGGACAGUUUGGUCGUGAAAUAUGA